CUAGUACCGCUACUGGUUAGUUGUCAUAAAAAAGUCAAACUGAAGUUAUUUGAAACUAUUUCCAAAAAAAUAUCAAAAAUUUGUUGAAAUGGCUGCUGUGUCUCCCAAAUUGAAAUCGCUGACAUGGAAAUUACUGCCCCUUAUGAAUAGGGUGUUAAUUAAAAAAGCAGAACCUGUAAAGCAGACAAUAGGCGGUAUAGUAAUACCUGAAGACACGGAGCAAACGUAUCAAAGAGGUACUGUGAUAGCUGUGGGUCCAGGAAAGACCAACAAGAAAGGAGAGCUGAUUCCUGUGGACGUUAAACCAGGAGAUGAGGUUAUUCUAGUAGAUUUCGGUGGAACCAAAAUCGAUUUAGAAAACGAAGGAACUUUUCACUUGUAUCAAGAUACGGAAAUUUUAGCUAAAUUGCAAAAUUAAAAGAGUUUUAGUUUGAUUUAUCAUAAAAAUAUUAUGUAGAGAUCUAAUAAUAUAUGUUUAAAAUUAAAAAUAAAGUUUUAAUCAUGAAGAC